CGCGUUUACAGUGCAUUCGACCUACAUAAGACCUUACACUGUACAAUAAAAAUGACACUCACCAUCCUAUCUACUUAUAUUUCGACUCUGAUAUCCAUUUCUCUCGUUAAUUUGAUUCCAUGUCCAAUCCUAGUAACUCGCCGGGGUUUAUCAUAAGCGACAGUAGAACAGGAGAGAUAUACCCCGUUUCGAGCAUGGCGUAUGUAGCAUCAAUGAUUGCCUUUGGAACUCUUAGUGGAACUUUAGGAGCAGUCUCAGGGGGUAUUCCCUAUGCUGUGGAGCGAGCUUGGAAGGCUCCGGUUGGAGCUCGCACUCGACAUGCGUUUACAGGAAUGAGAAUUGGUGGAUCGAGGCUUGCGAUUCUGUUUGGACUGGCCGGUUUCGCGUACACCCCUAUAUACUUAUGCGUUGGAAAGACGGGACUUAAAGAUGAGAAUAGGAAACUUGCAUGUAGGAUGCAUGUACCCUCAAAAAUGGUUACCGAUGAGUAUUGGUUCUCUCGCUUCAUCAUUGGUCUUACACAAUAUCAUUAUGUCGACUGCAGUACGGUUAGUCAACAAGUAGUCUUGCAGAACCCAUAUGCUGUCUAUCUUUUUUGCAAUCACGCGCUUUACAUGACUUUCCAUGCCCUACAUUCCUCAACGAGCCUUUGUGCGGCCUGCUGGGAAAGUUAUCCUGAGAAAGGCUUGAAUGGUAUAAUUGAUCACGAAAGACUCUUUAGGAGGAUUGCGGAGUUCCCUUUCUCAAAUAAGGCUUAA